GUCUCGUGCGACGUUACAAACGGGUCUCGGAUUAAAUAAUCAUUCGCUGAAAGAAAGCUGCGAAGCUGCAAAUGCUCGCUCGAAGAGAUUCGUUUGUUCGGAAAUAUUUAUUUGUCAAAAUCUGGAAGAAUAACAUAUAUUUCAAGGCAAAAUACAUUCCAAUGUUUCCUCCUGUUAAAUUCACGCUCGCGGGACCUCGCGGAAUCGCGCGUGUCGUGCGCGGAAGGAGGUCGCAUAUGACUGACAGACGUGCCGCAGCUGCAGUGCGUCGUCUACUGCUGUCAUCUGCCUUACUCGCGACUGGUUAAUCGCGUGUAACGGAAAUAUCGCUUCAGUGAAAUGGGGAAAAGCCGGAUGGAACGGAAUCGUGAAGAAAUGAGAUUAACAUGAAGUGAAAAUACGGUUUCCGCUCCUACGUGCUUAAUGCGACGCGAUCUAAUGACAGGAACGACGGGAGGGACGCAUGUACUUGCGGACGCGACAUUGGUGGACAAUCAUCGCCGUCAUCGCACCUUCAUGGUGAACGGUAAUCCGGAUGGUAUCACGAUAUGCAAUCUAGUCGACGGUGAGACCUUGACUUACAGCUUGGCCCUGAUAAGAGGUCGAGCACCCGCGCUAUGCAGUUACAUUACUGUUCGGGGUCACAAAAACGUGACUUCCGAGUGGCCGAUCGUCGCGGGACAAUUCCGCGUCCUGGUGGACUUGGCACGUGGUCCGAACAAAUUAGAACUCGAGGCAGGCGGUCAUAAAAGAAGAUUGAUGCUUGUAUACGAGCCGAGAACCACAAGGCUACGGGUGACUCCGGUCUACGUCAUCUGUGCAGGUCACGAUGGUUACUUCCAGGGUCCACGCAAUGAAGAUCGAUCGCCUGAAAGCGCGGCAACGAGAAUAGGACUUGGUGCCAGGCUCCUUCAAUCCCUGACUGCCGAAAAGCUUCUGGAAGCCGGUUACGGCAGAAAGACCUUCCAGCUUGAAAGAGAUUUAGACGGUCCGGAAUGCCUAGUGAUGCACAGUAUGCUUCAUGUAGAUCAAGCACGAGCAAUGAAGCAACGGGAGCUUUGGGAAUUAAUCGCGCGCGAGUUAAUGACCGGGCCUUUGGCAUCCAAGGAUCGCAAAUAUCUGGCAUUUCUGUCAUGUACGAGAUACCGUGGCGCGCCUAGUCCUCGAACGCACAAGGAUACUUUAGCGAGAACGCAAGGUCAUGCGGCCCUCGGUGGAGGUGGUUUAGCGCUCUUCGGUUCGGCUUGUCUUCAUACCUGGCCUACCCGUAUGUCUCAGGUAUUACCGAGGUUUCUAGACGCCACUAUCAUUGAUACCGAGCAACUCAUGGAUGAUAGUAAUUAUCGUGGCACGCACGGGGGCUGCUUGGCAACGACAUUAGGUUCCGUUCUACACGAGCUUGGUCACACUUUCGAUCUUGGUCAUACUCGAGAAGGGAUAAUGGGUCGAGGAUUCGACUACGUCGACAGGGUUUUCGUGGGCGCGGCUGGAAUUGACUUUAAUCGUAAUCCUAUCAGAAGGGAUCCUCAACACACGACCGUCGCUCUUAGCAGACCUCUCAGCGUCACUGUAACUGUGCAAGCAUCUGUAUUAUCAAGUCCGCGAAGAGGUAGAUUGCUCUCUGAGACAUCUAGACCUACACCGUCGCCUACUUCGAGGCAGUUGUCUGGAAGACUUUCAGCACCGGCUAGUCCUGAGCUUAACAGAUCUCUCUCUAAAAGUUUGAUCGCCUCGGAACCACCAAUGCAACCUGAUCGAACAUUCUGGGGUCCGUCAUGCGCAGCCUUACUUUCGUAUCAUCGCUGGUUUAACAACGAAAUGGACAAUAUUUCCAAUAGACAUCAUCAUGAGAUAGAGUAUGAUGCAAAAAGAAACGUAGUGAGAUCACGAUAUGGAAUACGAGUGAUAGAACUUAGAGAAAGUUCGGGAGGGAUGGUUGUGGGUUCCCGCCAAUUUCCUGGCUUGCGACCACCUUUGGAGGCUUUAGUUCCACCACCUCCAUCCCACUGCCUCACCACCCUUACCCUAGUUGCCGAAGACUCUACCGGGAAUGUGCUCAAACAUCCUCUUCCUACUGCCUUUUAAAGGUCAGCAGAAACAAUGAUGCGUAAUUUUAUCUUCUAGUCUCUGACGAAGGUCAUUACAGUCCAUAAGCAAUAUUGGCUUAAUAUACAUACUGUAAAUUAUCUAAGAUAUUUUUGUUCCUCUUCAGUUCAUAUAAAAGUUUAUAUUAGGCAU